UUAAUGAUGAUGCGUGAGAGGAAGAGAAUGGAGGCCACUCUGCACUUUGACCGCCUGAUAAGCGCAGAUGUUUACGCCGGUUUGUCGACCGUUUGUCAGUCUGAAUAGUGAACUCACGGAAUGACUACGGAUGAGUGCAAGCACUUCAAGGAGCUGGAGGUGGGCAGCAGGAGCUCCGGCCUCUUCCACAUACGCUUCAAGCGGCGCUGGAAUCGCCGCACCAUCUACGAACUGAUGCGGGCUCUGGAUUUGGCCACUGGGGAUUCCGCAGUCCAGUUGGUGGUUCUCUCGGGCGAAUUUUCAGCGGGAUGCGAGUCUGAACCUCUGGCUCUUCGUCAGGGCAGAGAAAAGAGAAUGCGACAGAUGCCAAGCGGCCAGCAGGAGGCUGUAACCAGCAACGAUCCGGAGGAGCAGUACAUCCACGAGAAGGCGGCCAACUUUGUGAUGCGCUCGCUGGCCAAGAAGCUGCUGGCGCACCGCAGCCUCCUGGUGGCUUUUGUACAAACCGAAUGCGUGGGCCUGGGCCUCAGUGUGUGCAGCCUGUGCGAUCUGGUCUUUGCCACGGAGUCUGCUGCUUUUGUUCCCUCUUUGGAUCACAUGGAUCCCUGCAUCCAAGUGGGCCCCGGCUGGCUGGUGCCUCACCUCAACUGGCUGCUGCGCCUGGGCGAUCGGGCGGAUGUCGGUGCUGCUCUAAGCUGUGGGCUUUUAGUCAGCCUGGAGGGCGAUGAUCCGCAGCAGGAGUUCUGGCAUCGCAUUGAAGAGUACGCCCGCCUGCCCAUCUCCGCCUCCCUGCUGGCCACGCAGCGUGGAAUGCUCCGCCCCUGGCGGGAGGCCCUGUUGAACGAGCUGCGCGCGGAGAGCACGCCGCUGGCGGCCCAGCAAAGACGCCUGGCGAGGAACAAGCUGUAG